AUGCAGCCGGACGCCCAAAACACGACAACAAGUCCAAAGGCACCACUGGAAUGGGGACAGAUCAAUUUCCUUCACACGACUGAUACUCAUGGCUGGCUUGAAGGCCAUAUCAAGGAACAGAAUUAUGGGGCUGACUGGGGUGACUACGUGAGCUUCACGAAGCACAUGAAGCAGAAAGCGAAGAAUCUUGGUGUAGACCUUCUUUUGGUGGACACUGGUGAUUUGCACGAUGGUGCUGGACUGAGUGAUGCCACGACACCCAACGGUAACAUCUCAAACGCGAUUUUUGAAAACUUGGAUUACGAUCUCUUGACCAUCGGUAACCACGAGCUUUAUGUGACCGAAAUCGCAUACGAGACAUUCAGCAACUUCUCGAAAGUCUAUGGUGACAAGUAUCUCACAAGCAAUGUGCAAAUCCUCAACCCUGCUACCAAGCAAUUCGAGUAUAUUGGAGCGAAGUAUCGCUACUUUACCACGGAACAAGGCCUUCGCGUCAUGGCAUUUGGUGUACUGUUUGACUUCACUGGUAACAGCAACGUGUCCAAGGUCAUCAAGGCGGCAGACAUGGUCAAGCAGCCAUGGUUCCAAGCAGCCGUCAACUACACGAAGCCAAUUGAUCUCUUCGUUCUCGCCGGCCACAACCCAGUGCGAACAACUGUAUCUAGCAGCACCUUUGGCACUGUCUUCAGCGCAAUCCGUAAGGUGCGGCCAGACAUUCCGAUUCAAGCUUUCGGCGGCCAUACGCAUAUCCGGGACUUUACCGUGUACGACAACAAGGCAACUGGUCUUGAAUCAGGCCGCUACUGCGAAACACUCGGAUGGGUGUCUAUUUCUGGCAUCAAGUCUUCUACAUGCAAGGCUCCGCACAAUCCGAAAGGCGUCCCGAACCCAACACGCAGUGCAGUACCUCCACCAAGCAAGGGCACAGCUUCGGCAAGUGUGCAUGUUCCCACCUCUACUACACCAUCCAGCUUGCGUUACGCGCGACGAUACCUCGACUGGAAUCGAGCGACCUUUACUUACCAUGCUGAGGAAAGCCAGCGCUACACCAAGUUCGACUCUAGAAAAGGCGUUAGCGUUACUUCAGAGAUCACCUCUGCUCGCAGCAAGCUCAAUCUUACGCAACUCUACGGAUGCGCACCCGCGACCUAUUGCCAGUACUGCAAGCCAUUUCUCGCUGAAGGAAACAUCUUCAAGCUGUUGCAGACCGCCCUAUCCACGGUCGUAGUGAACGAGACCCGUAAAAACGAGGCUCGCCUGAUCAUCAUCAACACCGGCUCCGUCCGCUUCGACCUCGCCAAAGGACCGUUCACAUACGACGAUUCCUUCAUCGUCUCGCCAUUUGCGGAUUCGUUCCAGUUCAUUCCCGACGUUCCAUACGAGCAGGCUUCGAAGGUGAUCGAUAUCCUCAACGCCGGACCGUUCCAGAAGAAGAAGCGCGAUCUUAGUGGCGCGGACUUCAACUUUACUCCGUUACUGGCUGAUCGCGACACUUGCAUCGAUCCGCCGCUCACGCAUCGGUAUGAUGGUAUCACGAGGCGCUCGAAGCAGGGUGGACGUCUUAUUCGACAACAGUCUACUGCUCCUACUCCGGGAUACACAACGACGGAUGACUUUGGAAGCGAUGGCGAUGAUACCGUUCAUUCGAAGAUCCCAAAUUACAGCCAGCCAAACGACCUGCAAGCCAACGCUUCAUUUCCUAUUGAUGGCUCGAUGCCAAAGACUGUAGAUUUGAUCUUCUUGGAUUUCAUUGCGAGCUACAUCGUGGACGCGCUUAAUACUCCUGACGUUGGUGGAAAGUUCUCGCUCAGUCAGGUGUCUUACUAUAUCGAUAAGAGCUUCACGACCAACAGCUAUUUGCCGGCAUACGCGAAAGUUGCUUGGCAGGCAAAUGUACCGAAUUGCCCUGUUGGAGCAGGUAUCGGUAGCUCUUGA